UCACACGACUACUUCUCGGCCCGCCGCGGAUACUACGUUAAGCGUUCAAAUACUCAACGCAGGGCAGCUAAAAUAGUUGGGUCGUGGGAGACGAGCAAUUCGGCGCAAUGCUCAGCUUCCGCCGCGCCCUUGUGGCCGCGGCAAUCUUCAUCACGAUCCUUUUCUUCACGACACGAUCGACAUCGCCAGCCGCCUCGUCGCUAGCCGUCGAAUAUCCAAAAACAAACUCUGACCCCGGCUCCAAUCCGAAGGAGAGCUCGCAAGAGACCGUCCCGCCGAACGAUGCGGUCCCACCCGCCGGGGUGAACCGCCACCGACCAGCGCCCCAAGGACAGCAGACGAUGCAGGACAUGUCCAAGAUGACGCUCUACGACAAGCUCGCCUACCAAUUCCCCUACGACGUCGAGACCAAGUUCCCCGCAUACAUCUGGCAGACGUGGAAAUGGACGCCCGCGCACGGCGAGUUCGACUUCCGCGACCAGGAGGCGACGUGGACGGAGCAGCACCCGGGCUUCAUCCACGAGGUCAUCACGGACCAGGUGGCCGUGAACCUGAUCCGCUUGCUGUACGCGUCGGUGCCCGAGGUGCUCGAGGCGUACGACGCGCUUCCCUUGCCCGUCCUCAAGGCCGACUUCUUCCGCUACCUGAUCCUGCUGGCGCGCGGCGGCAUCUACUCGGACAUCGACACCUACGCGCUCCGCAGCGCCGUCGACUGGAUCCCCGCGGCCGUGCCGCGCGACACCGUCGGCCUGGUGAUCGGCAUCGAGGCCGACCCCGACCGGCCCGACUGGAAGGAGUGGUACAGCCGCCGCAUCCAGUUCUGCCAGUGGACCAUCCAGGCCAAGGCCGGCCACCCCGUCCUGCGCGAGAUCGUCAGGCAGAUCACCAACCGCACGCUGGAGCGCAAGAAGGACGGGUCGCUCAAGGGUCUCAACAACAAGAGCGUCAUCGAGUUCACCGGCCCCGCGCUCUGGACCGACGUCAUUUUUGACUACUUCAACGACGAGAGGUUCUUUGACAUGAGCCACUCGACGGGGCCGAUCGAUUGGAACAACUUUACGGGCAUGGAGACCUCGCGGCGGGUCGGGGACGUCGUCGUCCUGCCCAUCACCAGCUUCUCGCCGGGGGUGGAGCAGAUGGGUGCCAAGGACUAUGACGACCCCAUGGCAUUUGUGAAGCACGACUUUGAGGGCACAUGGAAACCCGAAAGCGAGCGGCACAUCGGCGAGCAAACCGGCUAGCUCUCCGACAUCGUUUGUCCCAUCGUUACGAUAUUACUUUAUUUUCCCCUCGACUACGACCAUUAUCCUCUUUUAAUUUCAUCUUACCAAAACUGCAUGGCUCGGCGUUCUUAUGGUGGCAGCAACUUGCAUUGUGUCCAGACGGUUCUGGCUGGCAGGACAGCGUGUGCUGGGGGGGUUAGAAAGUGUACAGAAAACUGCGGGUUGCUCCGUGCUCUUUUUGGAGUGUUUG